AUCCUUCCCUCAUGCCACACACUACAAGCACGUAGCUCACUGUUUCACGCUCGCACUAACUUACAAACAGCACCGCACAAAAAACACUCGGCUCGUAGAGCUACUUCCAAUGGCUCCUCCCAGCCUGACCAAGAACGCGGCGGACGCCAUGGCCUCCCUCGCCGAUGGCGGCCGAGUCUCGUCCUCAAUAGCGCUCGAAGGAGCCACCUUCGUCGCCAACGGCCACCCGGUCCUCACCCACGUCCCUCCCAACAUCAUCGCCACCCCUUCCCCCACCAUCUCCUCCGGCAAGGCCAAGAACGACGGCAACCCCGUCACGGUCGGCUGCUUCGUGGGGUUCAAGUCCGGCGGCCCCCCGAAGUGCCGCCACGUGGUCAGCCUCGGCAGGCUCCGGGGCGUCCGGUUCAUGAGCUUGUUCCGUUUCAAGGUCUGGUGGACCACCCACUGGGUGGGGUCCAACGGCCGGGACGUGGAGCACGAGACACAGCUCAUGAUCCUCGACCGGAACGACUCGAGGCGCCCUUACGUCUUGCUGCUGCCGCUCCUGGAGGGUCCGUUCAGGGCCUCUCUGCAGCCCGGGGCGGACGACUACGUGGACGUCUGCGUGGAGAGCGGGUCGACCCGCGUGGCGCGGUCCGUGUUCCGGAGCUGCCUCUACAUGCACGUCGGCGACGACCCCUACGCGCUCGUGAGGGACGCGAUCAGGGAGAUCCGGUUCCGCUUGGGGACGUUCAAGCUCCUCGAAGAGAAGACUCCUCCCGCCAUCGUGGACAAGUUCGGCUGGUGCACGUGGGACGCCUUUUACCUGACGGUGCAUCCGCAGGGAGUGCGGGAAGGCGUGAAGGGAUUGGCGGAGGGAGGUUGCCCACCGGGCAUGGUCCUGAUCGAUGACGGGUGGCAGUCCUUCUGUCACGACGACGACCCCAUCACCGAUCAAGAAAGCAUGAACCGGACGGCUGCCGGGGAGCAAAUGCCGUGCCGGCUCAUCAAGUUCGAAGAGAACUACAAAUUCAGGGACUACCAGAGCAAGAGAGGCAACUCCGCCACGGGCAUGGGAGCCUUCGUCAGGGACCUAAAGGAAGAGUUUAGGAGCGUGGAGCACGUGUACGUGUGGCACGCCUUGUGCGGGUACUGGGGCGGGCUGAGACCCGGAGUCCCGGGCAUGCCCGAAUCGAAGGUGGUGAGACCAAGGCUGUCGGAAGGGCUGGAGACGACGAUGGAGGAUCUGGCAGUGGACAAGAUAGUGAACAACGGGGUGGGGCUGGUCCCGCCGGAGAAGGUGCACGACAUGUACGAGGGGCUUCACUCCCACCUCGAGUCGGUGGGGAUUGAUGGCGUCAAAGUUGAUGUGAUCCACUUACUGGAGAUGCUCUCCGAAGAGUUUGGAGGCCGGGUUGAGCUAGCUAAAGCUUACUACAAAGCACUCACUGCUUCGGUAAGGAAGCAUUUCAAAGGAAACGGGGUCAUUGCGAGCAUGGAGCACUGCAACGACUUCAUGUUCCUUGGUACAGAGACCAUAUCUCUAGGACGAGUCGGCGAUGAUUUCUGGUGCACCGACCCCUUGGGGGACCCGAAUGGGACAUUCUGGCUCCAAGGGUGCCACAUGGUCCAUUGUGCCUACAACAGCUUAUGGAUGGGCAACUUCAUACAGCCAGACUGGGACAUGUUCCAAUCAACCCAUCCGUGUGCAGAGUUCCAUGCCGCUUCUCGAGCCAUUUCCGGAGGGCCAAUCUACGUGAGUGACUCGGUCGGCCAGCACAACUUCGACUUGCUGAAGCGCCUGGUUUUGCCAGACGGGUCCAUCUUGAGAUGCCGGUACUAUGCGCUCCCCACAAGAGAUUGCUUAUUUGAAGACCCUUUACACGAUGGGAAGACCAUGCUCAAGAUUUGGAACGUCAACAAGUACACGGGAGUCCUAGGAGUGUUCAACUGCCAAGGAGGAGGAUGGUGUCCCAAGUCCAGAAAAAACAAGAGCGCGUCCGAGUUUUCGCGCAUCGUGUCGUGCAACGCAAGUCCUAAGGACAUCGAAUGGAACAAUCCCAAGAAUCCUAUCCCCGUGCAAGGAACAGAUGUGUUCGCGGUGUACAUGUUCCGGGAAAAGAAGCUUAAGCUCUUGAAGUCCUCAGAGAGCCUAGAGAUUUUUCUGGAGCCAUUCAACUACGAGCUUCUGACGGCUUCGCCCGUGACCGUAUUGCCAGGGAAAUCGGUCCAGUUCGCGCCCAUUGGGCUGGUGAACAUGCUCAACUCUGGUGGAGCAAUUCAAUCGCUGGGCUUCGACAAGGACACGGUGAGGAUUGGAGUGAGAGGAGCUGGAGAGAUGAGGGUGUACUCGUCGGAAGAGCCGAGGAGCUGUAGAAUCGAUGGGGCGGAAGUGAAAUUUAGGUACGAGGAGAAGAUGGUGAGGAUCGAAGUUCCAUGGCUCGACUCCUCAUCUUCAGAGCCAUCUGUUGUUGAAUAUGUGUUUUGACUCAAAAGGGUUUCUGAAUCUUCAACUUGUAAUUCUCUUUUUUUCAAUGAAAAUGACAAAGCUCGUAGCAUUCCACUUCA